AUGCCAUUAAAUCUAUUCGAUCAAUCAGGACAAUCUACGCAGGAUUUAACACGUGAAUCAUCAGAAUUUUUAUGGCAUCAAUUAUUACGUGAAUAUAUAAUGAAAAUGGUUCAAACGAACGAUAGUAAAAAAAUUAUGCUAGAAAAAUUUCGUUUAUAUUAUAGAACAAAUAAAGUUUAUUUGUCUAAAGUAGAUGAAAGUAAAAAUCUUAGGUGGUACGAACUAAUCGACUAUCAAGUUGGAUAUCUUCUGAUUGAGAUGGAUCAGUCAGUCGAAGCUAUUCGUUAUUCUGAAAAUCUAUUAGAAGAAGCAAAAGAUGAUAAAAACAUUUUUAUCGCUCUUUUUGGAUUAGUAAUUGCUUGUCUAAAUAAUGAACAAGUUGAACAAGCAAAUGAAUAUAUAAAUCAUUGCUGUAAACUUUAUGAAAGUAUUCCGGACGGUACUAUCUAUGAUCAUUGUCAUAUAUUUGAUCUUUUAGGAAGUAUUGCUCAUAAACAAAAUAGACCUGAACUUGCCAUUCAUUAUUAUACAGAAAUCUUAAAAAUCGUACCGGAAGAUGAUACGGAUAUGAUAUCAAUUGCUAAUACUAAUUUAGCAAAUAUUUAUUAUUCGUAA